GAGGCAGUGGAAGAUUUCCAGCUGUAAUGGUUGUCUACACAAAAGACUGAGCAAAUCGAUCGCGGUCGAGUUGCUGUGCCCUGUUCAAAAAACAGCUGGUUCACUUGCAUUGCAAUACGGACAGGAAUAGCAGCCAUCAGCUGAUUGCUGAGAGGGGCUAUCAAGAUCGGAUGCUUAGCAAGCCGAAUAGGCUACUAAUUUUUGUCCUGUGAUAACUUUUUUUUUUGUAAAUUCAAACGACAAACUGAUACCAUUGUUGGAGAAGUGCUGCUGCUACUUCACUUUAUUGCAUUCCAGCAGAGUCAGAGAAUUAUUUAGAUUUCUCCUCGAUCUCAUCAUCGCAGAUCACUCAGGCUUUCGUCCGUCGUUGUCGUUGACUUGACCCUUUUUAUAUCUGAUUUGAGAAAUUUGUGGGACAAAUUGUCAAUAGAAAAGGAGCUUCCAAAGAUUGCAACCAAAGUACUAAGGAAAGGAUCUACUUGUUUUGAUUGUUUUUCAUACAAAAAAGGUACCGGUACGGUACCAUCCGAAUUUCUGAAAGUGAAAAAUCACCAAAUCGAUUUCGAAGUGGACUGCCAUUACCAGACUUGCCGCGCAAGUUGGACUGCAACUAGCACUGUGUAUCGGGCUCUGUUGCUCUUGACGCUUGGCAAAGAUGACUUGCUGUUUGACAUUUAUAUCUCAUCCACAAGGUUUGACCUUGCAGACUGGGCCAUUCUAUUCAUUAUAUGACACAGCUGGUGGCGACUAUGAAAAGAUCUGGAAUGAACACUGUGAAGAUGAAGUCUCCUUGGGAGAAUAUGCCUAUGCCAUGCAACACCUUGCUCAAGAACAUUGGUCAGCUAAACAUGCAGAUGACAGGAUAAAAUGGUGCCAUGAUGCUUGCAUAGAAUACUUCUUUCAAGGUGGUAUGAAAACUGUACUGGACAAGGAUAGGAGGAGAAGGGAACACCAUCGACAAAGGAAGGAGGAAUCUAGGUGGCUGUGCAAUGGCUCUACCUUCGUUAGGAACCUUAAUGGCAAUUCAAAUGGCAACAAUAUAUCAUCAUCAUUACUCUCUUCACUAGAAGAAUUUCACCAACAGUAUUUUGACCAAACACAUCCCUUAGGCAACAGGCAUAAUGCAAUAUCUCUGCCAUUUUCUGGCCAGUUAAGACUUCUAGAUGUAGGCAGCUGUUUCAAUCCAUUCCUAGAAUAUGAUGAAUUCCUAGCAGUUGGUAUAGACAUCUCACCUGCAGUUGAAAGUGUUCAUAAAUGUGACUUCUUGAAUCUUCAAAUACAACAACCUCUUCAAGUAGCUCCAGACACAGUAAAUAGAUACCUAAGAACGUUAAAAAGUCCUGUGGAGACACUUCCUAGGGAGUGCUUUCAUGUCAUAGUCUUCUCUCUGCUUCUGUCCUACUUUCCUUCACCAUACCAAAGAUGGAUUUGUUGUCAGAAGGCUCAUCAACUGUUACAGAUGAAUGGCCUUCUCUUAAUCAUCACCCCUGACUCCUCUCAUCAGAACCGUAAUGCUGGUAUGGUCAAGAGCUGGAGGACUGCCAUAGAGUCAUUGGGGUUCACCAGAUGGCGCUACCGUAAGGAUACACACAUGCACUAUAUGGCCUUCCGUAAGACUUCUCAAGAACCACCAGCUGACCUGUCUGGCAAUGAAGUUGGACCAGACAUGCUCUACAUCCCACAGGACUUUAAUGAAGAAGUAGAGGAAAGCGUGUUUUCUGACUGUCUUCCCAAGACCGAAGCAGAGAUAGCCGACUUGAGCGAGGCCUUCAAUGAACUGCCAUCACAUUUUGUUGAUGAUUUAUCUGAGCUAUGGUAGAAGUCUUCAAUAAGACUAUAUCAAAAAUAACCUCAGAAUAGAGACAGAACCUUGGAAUUCAGUUCUUUCAAGAUGGUGUUUGAAUGAGUAUAUUUGUUUCAGAUAGUAUAAGUGCCUUUUUCCAAACUCACCAGCUAUCAAAUCUUGUCACUAUGAAUAAUGUUUGUAUGUAAAAAAAAAAAGACUAAAUAUGGUAUAGAUUGGCAGGGGGUACAGGAAAUAUUUCCCUAUGAUAAUUAAUUGUUACAUAAUUCAAUGAGAAGUCCACCAAUUUCUAUUUUCCAUGGCCUGUGAAGACUAUAAAAAAAUUUCAUGGCGUUUCAGAUGAUAUUGAAUACACAUGAAAUGUCAAUUGUAACUUUGUGAAACGCUUGAUAUAAUCGAGUGCUGCUCACAAGAUGUCACCAAAUUUAAACAUUUUAUUAUCUUGUUAUUCUUUAGUGGAAUGUGGUUAACCCUUUAUUGAUAUGUCUCAGCCAGCUUGCUGUUAUGAUGAACACCCUUUAAUGAUUGAAGAGUACUACAUUGUGAAAGUAUCUUCCAACUAUAAUUUUAAUUUUGAAAUGGAAAACCCAUCUGCUCAAAUAUCCCAUUGCUUUUGUGUAAUGAAGUAAAAGGCACAUUGGUGUGUAGUGUCACUUGGAUGUUCUUGUGAAUUGUUUUAGCAUUUGAUCAAAUGACAAAUCAGUUGGAUGUUGUUAUACAUAUAUGUGUGAUGCUUAAAAGUAGCAUGUAGAAUGAUAAAUGACAUACAGUCUUGCAAUGCAACUGUGUAGAUCAUCUCAAAUGUUCCCCUAUAAAUUAAGUUGUAAAAUACUUAACCCCAGUACCCUGUGAUACCCUCUUCCUCAUUCUUCCUAUAUUCAUUACAAUUCUAGUACUCUUUGAAUUUAGACCCCCCCCCCCCUUUUUUUUUUUUUUUAGAGUGGGGUUGGGUGGGCUAUCUUACUAUAUUUAUCAACCCUGCUUAGAAUCAAAGUUAGCAUUAAUUUUUGUAAUAAACAGGGAGUACUACUUUGAAUUUCAUCCAAUCUGCUGUUUGAAAAAGUUGGUUCCAGAAAUUCUACAGUCCAUCCACUAUUGAGUGAUGUCAUGGGUAGUAUUGGUUAGGGCCUGUCUUUAACUAAAGAUUCAAUUUCAGUGUUAGAGCAAUAAUGAGAAAACACUCCCUUCUGUUCAUAUGAGAAGGAUUUAAGUUGGGUUCUAUGUCCGGACAUCUUUGCUAUUGGAACUUUCACGUCUUACAAUAUCAUCCAACAUAUUUUCCAACAGUUUUGUGUAGAUUUGCUUGGAUUUUUUAUUUUCUGUUUCAUCUGUCCAGACAUAGAAGGUCUUUAUCUGAGGUCUUCAUUUAUAUUCUGUUGGCAUUCACCAGCCUAUCAAUCAGUAUUAGCUCUAUUGAACAAGAAAUGCUGUAUGUUUCUCACGUAGCAAACAAAAUUCAUCAUAUCUACCUAUCUAUACACCUUUAAUCUGAUGCUAAUUUCUUACAAGGUCUGUGAUUAUUUUUGUGGUCACUAAGUUGUGAACAAUUCAUCUUCAGUAUUAUUAUUAUUCAGUGCACUUCUGGUAGUGUGGACAUGAUAAAAUAUCACUUGGAUAUGAAGUAUAGUGCAAUUUUUCUCUUUUUAUGACUAUUCACAUUCAAUUUUAGGAAGGUUCAUGUAUGUGAUACAUGUAUGCAUUUACUAGUGCUGUUAUCGAUAACCUCUUGAUCAUUGUUGAUAAUACCCGCUAUUAAGGACAUGACAGUGAUUUUCCGCAAUUGCGGAAAACGGACAGAAUUCACGGAAACGGCCUUUUGAAAGCAGUUUUUCAAACGGAAAAUGUAUUUUUCCUCAAAAUGCACAAAACAGCAACAGAAAUUACUCCAAAAUAUCAGCAAAAUACAAUUACUUUUUACAAAACACAAUCUCUCUUUUUAUAUUCAAUCAAUGCAUAAAAAAUGUGAAUUGAUUAUGUUCUUUUGUCGAUAGUUAUCGAUAUCGGAAAGAUAUUUUUAGCGAUAUAUCAACAGAAUUUUGUUGCUGAUAACAGCACCAGCAUUUACAGCAUUUCAAAUGAUAAGGUUUUGUAAUAGUUAAUGCUGCAUUUUUAGCUAAUUUCUCCAAGGGCUUUUUUAGGACUUUGGAUGUUAUCGCCCUACUUUAACUCAAACAUCAAUAAAAGAAAAAUCCUACUAUGUAUACAUCCAUAUACCUCAAAUUGUUUCAAUUCAAAACAAGGUUGAUGUACAUGUAAUAGGGAUGAAUUCAAAGUUGUGAGAGUUAGAACCACUCCACCAAGAAGCUUUAAUAAUAAACUUCCAUGGAGAAUGGUGUCAUGAUCCAUCCAUUAAUUAUUCUCUAUUGGUGCAUAGUGAAUUUAACAUUUAUAUAUUCUGUAUGUCACACCAAAUAAGUGUAUAAAACCCAGCCACUGGCCAACCAUGUUUAGUUUUUUAGAGAGUUGUGAUGUCCAUUCCAUUUAUGCUCUAUAUCAAAUAUCUUACCUUUGCUUUUCAUUUCAAUAUGAUAGUCCAUCCAAAUAGAACUUUGGUGAUGUAGUGUGUACACCACAUAAGGGUUAUUUCAUAAUAUUUUCAUUAUAUGCAAAAGGUAAGCAUGAACUGCAAACCAUUGAUGUGUAAUUACAUGUACAUGUAGUUCCAUUCCCUGCUAUGACAACUAUUGGAGUGAACUCUCCAAUGGUAUUGUGAUUUUUUUUUAUGCUCAUCAGAAGCUUUCUAAAUGCCAAAUUGAUUUUUUUGUUUUCUACCUGUACUUAUUUUGUUAGUUGUCAAUACUGAUUUUAUAAGCCACUAUGUCACGAACUUCUUUCUGUAUUUUUUGUUAUCUCUAUCUUUUUCUUUCUUUCUUCAAAAAGCAGAGUGUACAUGGGACGGGAGGCAACCAAAUUUAAGUGAUGUGAAUAUUAUAUUCCUCUUGAAAUAGCACAGUAAAGUUAUAGGUGAAUCCUCAAUUUCCAGUGGCAGAAAUAAGAUUGAAUAAAUGAAAAAUAUUGGAUGCGAAAUAGUAUUUGAAUUAUUGCAUAGGACAAUCUGUUGUGCCAAAAUAGAAAAAUACUUGGGUAGAAGCUGGACAAUGGACAGCAUAACAUAUAUUCUAAAAAUCAUUACUUGACAUCCAGUUUUCAGUGACAGGGUUUGCUAGCUGGCUAAACACAAUGUCUGGAAUAAAUAUAUCGAUAUAAAAUGCUAGGAAUAUAUAUCUAUGUUUGUACAUGUUUUAUGUAUUUGAAAUACUCUUGUUGAUAUUUUGUUAAGAAGAGAUUGAUUAAAUUUUGCAAAAGCAUA